UCCUCCUCCUCCUCCUUCUCCUCUUCCUCCUCCUCCUCCUCCUCCUCUUCUUCAAGCCCCGUGGCCUCUCUGCCCACGGCUCCCUUCUACCCGUGCAGUCUUGCCGACGGUCUGCUUGGUCGCAUCACUCCUGUCGGGGUUGGCGACCAACCCGGCAAUUUACAGUCGGCCCCAAGUACCACUCCUUCCCUCGUCUCCGGCUUGUCAGGCGUCCCGGUUGCCAUGGCUGGAUCGGGACUGUUCUCUUUUGAUGCCUUCAUGAAGACAAUGGCGGUGGCCGGUGACGUCGACCCGCAAAAGGCGGCGUUGCUUCUGUCUGCGUUUCAGGACAGUGUGGCCGCAGGCCAGGCAGCAGUGAAUGUGGCGUCACCACCGAUUGCGGGUCUCGCCAGUCGGCCGGUCUCGACCAGCUCUACCGGCGACGAGCAGUUGAACAACUCCUGUCGGCCAAUUGCAACCUGCGUAAAUAGCGGACUGGGACUCGCCUCGCUGUCAAUCUCUUCGCUGUUUUCUCCACCGGGCACUCUGUCCGUGGCGCCCUCUUGUCCGUCCUCGUCGGCCGCCUCUUCACUUUUGUCGUCUUCACCGUCAUCCGUUUCUUUUUCCACCCUUCUGCCGGCGCCUGGCGACCGGAGACUGGAACUGGCUCGAUCAGAUGCUGGCCGACUUGCAAAUGAGUCCAACAAAGGCGGCAGGCGAUCGCGAGACGAAGCCAAGACCGAAGCCAUGGCUGAGACAACUACCGGUCAGCUGGCUGACCACGAGAGGCUGGACUCGAAUGUCAUGAGAAGAGAAAAGGGUCCUGACGAUCGGACAGCUGGCGUAAGCAGCGAGGCCGACGCUCGGGCCUCCUCGCCAUUCCUAUACACUCCCAAGGCUCACAGCUCGUCGAGCCCACCCGCUUCUAGCCCUAGCAUCCCCAGCGUCCUGUCAGCCCCAGCCUCCAUCACAUCCCAUGUCCACAACCAUGUCAAGCCUCCCAACUCGGAAUUGCCGAUUGGACACGCCGAUCUGACGACCAGGUCCAGCACGUCAGUGCGGUCAAUUUCAUGCUCCAGCAACAAGCAUGUCGGGCAACCAGGCGAGGCAGCAGUUGAUCUCUCCUCGUCUCGCCAGCCCACCAGCGCCCCUUCAGCCAAUUGUCUCCGGUUGUUUCACUCGCUAGCAGCAAUGCCGAUUUCGUAUGUCCCACAGUCCGGGCACGGGAGUUUUGCAGCUUCCUGUCCGGCUGCCGGUUCGACCACAGCCGCUAGUUCUGGCCGGUGA